AGGCCGCGUGAUUAGGCCCGGAUCGCCAUCGCAGAAUUGGCGUGCCGCGUCAGCCUCUCCCUUUAAAGGUCUGGCACCGUCUUUUCACGACAGCUACACUGCGCAAGCACAGCUUCUUUUCAAUUCAAGUAUCUUGUCUAUUUGCCCUUUCUUUUACACAAUGUCCACAAUGCAGACGUCGAACAGCAAGCCCGCCGAGCAGCAGGCCCCGGCCAACGCGACACAGAAGCUGCCGACCACGGGCGCAUUGGAGGAGGAUGACGAGUUUGAGGAGUUUGAGGUCGAGGACUGGUCGCCUGACGCCGAGGAUAAGGAAGACGCGACGCUGUGGGACGACAACUGGGACGACGACGACCUCGAGGACGACUUUUCCAACCAGCUGCGCGUAGAACUGGCCAAGGGCUCGCAGCCCGAGGCCAUGGCAGUGUCAAACUAGACAGGGAGAAGAAAAGAAAUUUAUUGGGGAA